AUGUAAUCCUGUCGUCAUGCUCUUAGGAGUGUUGAUUUUUCUUCCGUACACGUCAGGUCCCUCAACGGAUGUCUCCGAUGCCUGGAUGCCUACGUUUGGCGAAGAAAUCUUUGGGGACUGUCCAAGGUCGUACGUCUCCUCCGAGGAGCACUCCAGCCUGACUUUCGAUACCUCAGGUCAUCAAGACUUCUUUGAUGGCUUCUUCUCUUCUAUGUUUCUCACUGGCGGAAUCUGCCUUAUCUUUUCGAGUUCAGUCGUGCAUUCCUUUACAAGGCAUGCGCCCGGGGUCGUUACGAAAUGAUACCUGCAAGACGAUGCUGCGUGCGUAGUUCUGAGGACUCGUCUCAGAAAGAUACGUACAUAGCAACUUGCGCGUCUACAUGAUUGCCCUUGAUUAGUG